AUGGGAGGAUCGUCGAGGAAGGUCUUGCGCCUGCUAGCGCGGAUCAAACAGGAUGGAUUCCUCACACCAGAUGAGCUCCAGGCCGCGGCCGCUGCCAAGGCGAAGAUCUCGCGUUCACAGGCGUUGCGAAAUUACGAGGAGCUCCGCGAGCAAGGGGAAUCGCCCAGUGCCUGGGAUGUCUCCGCGGCGCUGAUGGCGUGCGGGAGCUAUAGGGAUCUGGAAACCGGCCAGAGGAUCCACGCAGAGAUUGGAGUGGCGAACGAUUCCAAGAACACCAUCGCGGCAUCGCUAGUGGCGAUGUACGCGAAAUGCGGCAAGAUGGGCGAGGCGCAGCGGCUGUUCGAUUUGAUGGGCGCGAGGAAGAAGCCGCUUCUGGCGUGGAACGCCAUCGUCCUGGGCUAUGUUCGCGCCGGGAGGAGCGAUCGAGCUCUGGAGAUCUUCCAUUCGAUGCAAAUGGAGGGCGUGAGGCCGGACGAGAGGAGCUUCUUGGCCGCUAUCGGGGCUUGCGCGUCGCUGGCGGUGGAUCCAGGCGCGGAUCAAGAAGAAAAGAAAAACAUUUCGGAUCGGGUGAGAAGAAUCCACGGUCUCCUGGAGAAGAAACUCGUGGACACGCGAGCUUGCUCGAUCGUGACGGCAGCACUGGUGGAUGCGUACACGAAGUGUGGGAGCAUCGAGGAGGCGAGAGUAGUGUUCGAGACAAUGCCCAAGAGAGAUGAUCUAGGGUUUUAUGUGAGCGCUAUAAACCCUAAAAUUAACCUUUUACAAAGUUAUAGAACCUAA